AUGUCAUUUAAAAGUGAUAAUAGUAAUAGCAUUUUAAAAAAUUUUAAAAGAACAAUAAUUCACCCAAAUGGAACAAAUGGUGAAUUUAAUAAUAAUAAUAAUAUAAAUAAUAAUAAUAAUAAUAAUAAUAAUAAUAAUAAUAAUAAUAAUAAUAAUAAUAAUAAUAAUAGUAAUAAUAAUUUACCAAUUAAAAGAAAAGUACCAGAGUCAUAUUCUCAAUACCAAUAUCACCAACAAAAACAAGUACAAAAACAAAAUUCACAAUUUCACAAAGAAAGUGAAUUGAAUGAGAUGGAAUUAGAUGUUGAAAAAGAAUAUUAUGAACAAAGUAAAGAUAUUAUUGGUUUUAAAAGAUUUAGAAGUUUAGAUAGCAACAAUAACCUCAAUUCCAACCAAUUCAUUGAAAACAAUCAAAAAUCUCAAUUUUUCAAUAAUAAUAAUAAUAAUAAUAAUAAUAAUAAUAAUAGUAAUAAUAAUAAAAAUUUUGACCAGAAGGAUAAUGAACAAGAAGAUAUUAUAAAGUAUAUGGAAUUUUUAUCUGAUAUUGAACAAUUAAAUUCAGAUUUAAAAGAAUCAAAGGAUAAUUUAGAAAGUAUUUCAAUUGAAAUGGUAUUAUUGGAAACAAGAUUAAAAGGAUUAUUAGGUUUAAAUACUUUAAGAAUAAUCCAAAAUGAUCAAGAACAAUUUCUAUUUAAAAAUAAAAAAUAA